CCAAGACGAAACUAAGAGGGAAACAGCUCUGGGUUUCUGCUUUUUUCAUUCUGCUCCUUCGAUUUUAUGCUCAUUUUCCCCUGGGCUCAGCUGAUUCAAAUAGGCUAGAGAGGAAAAAGAAAGUAGGAUGGGUUCUAAUUCUGGGCAACCCCAGUUCAUUGCUAGUACCGGGAACCGCAGUUUCUCAAAUACCCCGCUGAUUCAGAAUGCAGAUACUAAUCAAAUAGUGGUGCCUGACAGAAAAAGCUGGAAAAACUUAUUUGCAUACAUGGGUCCUGGAUUCCUUGUUUCAAUUGCAUAUAUUGAUCCUGGAAAUUUUGAAACUGAUCUCCAAGCCGGAGCGCAGUACAAGUAUGGAUUACUUUGGAUCAUAUUAGUGGCUUCAUGUGCUGCUCUUGUUAUUCAGUCCCUGGCUGCCAAUUUGGGUGUUGUCACAGGGAAGCAUUUAGCAGAACACUGCAGAGCUGAAUAUCCUAGAGGUCCAAAUUUCGUCUUAUGGGUUCUUGCUGAAAUAGCUAUUGUUGCAUGCGAUAUUCCUGAAGUAAUUGGCACAGCCUUUGCGUUGAACAUGCUCUUCAACAUCCCAGUUUGGAUUGGUGUCCUUUUGACAGGGCUCAGUACAUUGGUUCUUCUAGCAUUGCAGCAAUAUGGGGUUAGGAAGCUUGAGUUUUUUAUCGCUUUUCUUGUGCUUACAAUUGCUGGGUGCUUUUUUGCGGAGCUUAACUAUGCAAAGCCUGUGGCUAGUGAAGUUCUUAAUGGCCUUUUUGUUCCUCAACUCAGAGGAAAUGGUGCCACUGGUCUAGCCAUUUCACUCCUUGGAGCUAUGGUUAUGCCGCACAAUCUCUUUCUCCACUCUGCACUGGUGCUUUCCAGGAAAAUCCCACGAUCCGUUCGGGGUAUUAAGGAGGCUUGCAGAUUUUAUAUGAUAGAAAGUGGCUUUGCUUUGAUGGUGGCGUUUCUCAUUAACAUAUCUGUCAUCUCUGUAAGUGGUGCAGUUUGCAAUUCCACGAAUUUGAAUCAAGAAGAUAAACAUAGCUGUGAGGAUUUAGAUCUGAACAAAGCCUCAUUCUUACUAAGAAAUGUCUUAGGCAGUUGGAGUUCAAAACUUUUUGCAGUUGCUUUGCUUGCAUCAGGUCAGAGUUCUACCAUAACAGGAACAUAUGCCGGACAAUAUGUAAUGCAGGGCUUUCUUGAUUUACGGCUAACACCAUGGAUUCGGAACAUGCUUACUCGAUGCUUGGCCAUUGUACCUAGUUUAAUUGUUGCUGUAAUUGGCGGCUCAGCUGGGGCUGGACAGCUAAUUAUCAUUGCUUCGAUGAUUUUAUCCUUUGAGCUACCUUUUGCUCUAAUUCCACUUCUCAAGUUCACCAGCAGUAAGACGAAGAUGGAGGCACACGUAAACUCAAUAGCGGUUUCCGCAAUCACAUGGAUCAUCGGUUCUCUGAUCAUGGGUAUAAACAUAUACUAUCUUAUGACGAGCUUCAUCCACUUGCUUCUUCACAAUCACUGGGAGCUUGUUGCAGUCGUGUUUUUGGGGAUAUUUGGAUUUUCAGGGGUGGCGAUUUAUUUGGCUGCAAUUGCUUACCUGGUCUUCCGACCAAACAAAGAGGCAACACACCUUCUGGCAUUAACUACGCCCGAAAAUCAACAGAUGGUUAACGACUCUGGUAACUCAUCCAUGUACUGUCUCCCUCGAGAAGAUAUAGUAAGCAUGCAGUUACCUCAGAGGCGGGAGACGGAGGACAUAUGAA